AUGAGCCACCUUCAAUCACUCGCCACUCAUCACGGCUCCGGUUCUUCUACCGGAGGCAAUACUGCCAACUCUUCUCCUACUGACCCGGGUUCUGGAUCUUUGCGUCCUGGUUUUGCUAACGGGUCAAUGAGUGCUGGAAAUUCGACGAAUAAUGUAAGAAUGGGGGCAGGUUCUCCUAAUUAUGAUGCGUCUUCUGGUAGUCGGCUGUUCUCAAAAAGGGCACGCGAAAUUCAGGCCGAAGAGGGAGUUGGACCUCCACACCCUCCGGGUCUUUGGGGGCCAAUGCCAACAACCUCGGCAUCAUCUCUACGGGACCGCGGGGACUCUGUGCAGGAGUCACAACCGAGUAAUAGCUUCGCUGACAAUGGCUCAAUGGCAUCCGACUACACGUCUCCGGUGUAUCGCCGCGCACGCGCAGGGACUGUCCCUUCGAAGUUUUCACCUGGCGGCCUCACCAACGCUCCGCCAGCUAUCUCUCAAAUUCUUCCGCAGACAAGUCGUCCGUCCCCCGUGCCAAGCCCUUUCAAGUCCUCCUCGCCAUCAAAUUUGGAUUUGGUAGACACCCCUCCUGUAUCUGGAGCAGGUCUCUCAACCUAUUCCGUAGCUUCCAGAUUACGCUCAGGAUCUUUGAACCUGCCUCAACGCACAAACUAUGUUAGUGCUUUUGGGCCUUCUAUCUUUUCGAGCUCUUGGUCACAAUCCCGCCCCGGAAGCAACAAUCUCCCUUCCCCAGCCCAGUCGUCUUUCUCGAAAGAUGACGAGGGCACCCAUAUGGCACCAAAAACCCUAGACUACCUUGGGCUUGUGGAUACACCCCAGACAUCAAGGGCAACCCUUGCAAAGCCGAUGACUCUUGACCCGCUUAUUGAAGGUCAACGUGCAGCUGCCCUACAGCCAUUUGUCUCAGAUCUUAGCUCUGUACAGAGGAACAUCAAUCGUAUUCGGUCUUAUUCGGUCAAUGCAAAGGAGAAGUACGCUGAAGAUGAAGAGGAUGAUGAAGAUGAUGAAGUUCGUCAUUUAUACUCGACUCAACACAGUGGUUCCGUGACCCCGAACUCCAUGACUGCAAUGGCUGCUGCUCAAGCUCAGGCUAAUGCCCAUGCUUUGGCUGUGGCUGCGUAUACGAACCACGCAUCACCGAGUCGACCUCGAGCAAGGACUGCUGGUAUUUUGGACUCUCCACCUGCCAGUCGGUUGAAGGGUUAUUUGGCUACUCCAUCAAGGCUUGACUCUAUGACAAGUGCUUCUGAUAUGAGGAGCGAUUAUUUCGAUUUACAAAGUGGGUCCGACACAUUGAAACUCGCUUCAUUGCAUCCUCGCCCGUCUAGCGGUGAAGGUGGGUUAGCUUCUAUUGAAGAAUCUUCUUUGGAGGGCCCUACAAGAUCUUUAUGGCUCGGAAAUAUUCCUGCCUCUACAACUACCACCUCCCUUGAUCACAUCUUCCGUACAUUCGGACACGUUGAAUCAGCGAGAGUCUUGACACACAAGAACUGUGGUUUCAUCAACUUCGAACGCAUGGAAUCUGCAAUUCAGGCUCGCAAUCAGUUGAACGGAAAGGAAAUUUUCCCGGGUGCAGGGCCUGUCAGAAUUGGAUUUGCCAAGCCAUCCUCAGCCGGAAGCAACGGAACACCCACCCCCAGUGGAGGUGUAUAUGGAACACCAAGCCCAGAUCCCCAUCAAAACCCUACAGCCAUUGGUGCCGAAAAUGGCACAGGCCACGACAGUACGGCAGUACCUAAGGUUCCCGAACUGUCUGAGAUGAAGGAUGAUAUACUCUCCAUUGUUGUGGAAUUCGGUGCUGAAAAGUCUGAGCUCCCAAAGAUGGCAAAGAAUAUUGAUUUUGCAAUCCAAUAUGAUGAGUUUGAAGCCGAAAUUCCUUCUAUCCCUGAGCCCAGUCACAACCGGGUUCACGACGCGCCCAAGCUUAGAGAUAUUAGAAAGAGGAUUGAUAAUGGAAACUGCUCUAACUCUGAAAUCGAAGAGAUUGCUCUCAACAUGCUCCCGGAAAUUGCAGAGCUUUCAAGCGAUUAUCUUGGCAACACUGUUGUUCAAAAAUUGUUUGAAUAUUGCUCCGAGGAAAUUAAGGAGACGAUGCUUGUUGAAAUUGGCCCUCACUUGGCCGAAAUCGGAAUUCACAAGAACGGUACCUGGGCUGGUCAGAAGAUCAUUGAUGUGGCAAAGACACCUGCACAGAUGAACAAAAUCUGCGACUGUCUUCGCCCUUACACCGUUGCACUAUUCCUCGAUCAAUAUGGAAACUAUGUACUCCAGUGCUGUUUGCGAUUCGCAGCUCCUUGGAAUGACUUUAUUUUUGAGACUAUGCUGGGUCGUAUGUGGGAGAUUGCGCAGGGGAGGUUUGGUGCAAGGGCAAUGAGGGCGUGCUUGGAGAGCCAUCAUGCUAGCAAAGACCAACAGAGAAUGCUAGCUGCUGCCAUUGCCUUACACAGCGUGCAACUUGCUACCAACGCCAAUGGUGCAUUGCUGUUGACUUGGUUCUUGG